CUACCCAACCCAAGUUUAUAUUAUAUUUGUAAUUGACCUUCAUUUUGACUUUUUAGACCCUCACAGCGCCGCAUAAAAGCCUUUGGUUCGUUUAUCAAACUUCGGGUACUCACCGACUCUGAUUCUCAUUCACCCACUCACUCCCUUUGUCUCGGACGAGCUCUCUCUUCAACGGUGACGUUUUUCAGAAAAGAUGCUUGGUUUGACGGCUGCUCAUGGGACCAACUUAGUUAAGACUAGACAUUCUUUUACUCGGAAGACAGAGACUGACCUGUUGCUCUUCUCUGAAAACCAAGGAAGGCCCAAUUGUUUUUGUUCUUCUUAUACUUUUGCGUCUUGCUCAGUUAAGUACACAUCGUUGAUACCUUCAAGUAGUUGUUCAAUCAAAAGUAUGGAUGCUAAGGCCGCAGCAGCAGCAGCAGAGACUCAUUUUGCUCCGAAGCCUGACUCUGAAUCCCCAUCCUCUAGUAAUAAGCCUAAUAAGCAGGUACUAAUAUCAGUAUCAGACAAGAAAGAUCUCCUUUUCUUGGGAAAAGGGCUUCAAGAAUUGGGAUAUAAUAUUAUUUCAACUGGAGGAACAGCUUCUGCUUUGGAAAGUGCUGGAAUAUCUGUUACUAAAGUGGAACAACUUACCGGUUUUCCAGAGAUGCUUGAUGGUCGUGUAAAAACUUUACAUCCUCACAUACAUGGUGGUAUUUUGGCUGAAAGAGACAAAAAGCAUCACAUUGAUGCUCUUAAUGAGCAUGGAAUUGGUACAUUUGACGUCGUGGUUGCAAAUUUGUACCCUUUUUACAAUAAAGUUACUUCAACUGAAGGAAUUGAGUUUGAAGAUGGAAUUGAGAACAUUGAUAUUGGUGGUCCUGCCAUGAUAAGAGCUGCUGCAAAGAAUCACAAGGAUGUCCUGGUGGUUGUUGAUCCAGAAGAUUAUCCUGCAGUCCUAGAAUUUCUUAAAGGAAACCAAGAUGAUAAAAAAAUUCGUAGAAAACUUGCAUCAAAGGCCUAUCAACUUUCUACUUUCUAUGAUUCUGCAGUUUCGGAGUGGUUGUGGAAGCAAACUGAGGGAGACGAAUUCCCUCCAAGAUUAACAGUGCCUCUGACAAUAAAAAGUCCCCUGCGUUACGGUGAAAAUCCUCAUCAAAAGGCUGCUGUUUAUGUUGAUAAGAGACUUGCUGAGUUCAAUGCUGGUGGUAUUGCAAAUGCCAUCCAACACCAUGGAAAAGAGAUGUCGUAUAAUAACUACUUGGAUGCUGAUGCAGCUUGGAAUUGUGUUUCAGAGUUUAAAAAUCCUACAUGUGUGAUCGUAAAGCAUACAAAUCCCUGUGGUGUAGCUUCACGUGAUGAUGUACUUCAAGCAUAUAGGCUUGCUGUGAAAGCAGACCCAGUGAGUGCAUUUGGUGGUAUUGUAGCCUUCAAUGUAGAGGUUGAUGAGGCUCUUGCUAAAGAAAUCAGAGAGUUUAGAAGCCCAACAGAUGGUGAAACUAGAAUGUUUUAUGAGAUUGUGGUUGCUCCUAAGUACUCGAAGAAAGGGCUUGAGAUCCUCCGUGGAAAAUCAAAGUCAUUAAGAAUCCUUGAAGCCCAAAAACAUAAGAAAGGAAAGUCUUCAUUUACACAGAUUGGUGGUGGGUUUCUAAUGCAGGAAUCGGAUGAAUUGACUCCUGAAGAUAUCAAAUUUAAUGUUGUUUCUGACAAGGCCCCACAAGAAAGUGAGCUUCGCGAUGCAGAGUUUGCAUGGUUGUGUGUUAAGCAUAUCAAGAGUAACUCUAUUGUAAUAGCCAAGAAUAACUGUAUGUUGGGUAUGGGAAGUGGGCAGCCAAACCGCCGGGAGAGUUUAAGGAUAGCCUUGAGGAAAGCUGGAGAUGAAGCAAAGGGAGCAGCUUUGGCUAGUGAUGCCUUCUUCCCAUUCGCUUGGAAAGAUGCUGUGGAAGAAGCAUGUGAGAGUGGAAUUGGUACUAUUGCAGAGCCUGGAGGGAGCAUCAGAGAUGGGGAUGCCAUAGACUGCUGCAACAAGUAUGGAGUUUCACUUCUUUUCACAAAUGUGAGGCACUUUAAGCAUUGAUGUGCAAUUUUCGAUGCAUUUUUCUUGGAGAUUUAAGACUCGGCGUUGUGCCUUCGCGUUAGCUCUAGAGGUGGAAUGAGAAUAACUUGAAGGUUGAAAAAUGAGUGUUCCUUUAUUAUUAGUGUUUUGUCUUUCGGUAGUCAUGUUUUAUGUUGGUUUGAACUAUAGAUUGAGACAAUACGAUUUCGAAUAUUUUUUCAAUGGUAUGAUUUAGAUGUUUAGUUUAAAAAUUUUGUGUUAAUUUUGAAGUAUUUGGAUAUAGUUUUCAUUUAAUUUAUUAUAAAUGUCAUUUUUUUUU